AUGGCCGCCCUGUUCCGCGUCAAGGCGCUGUACGAGUACUCGUCGCCGCACGAGGACGACCUCAACUUCCCCGCCGGCCAGGUCAUUGCCGUCACGGACGAGGAUGACGCCGACUGGUACGGCGGCGAGUACGUCGACGAGUCCGGCGCCAAGAGGGAGGGCAUCUUCCCUCGCAACUUUGUCGAGAAGUUUGAGCCCGUGGCGCCCCCGCGACCCGUGAGGAAGCACAAGCAAGAAUCCGAACCCGCCGCUGCCCCCCCUGCCCCCCCUCCGGAGCCUUCUUACGAGGACACAGCUGCGCGAUCGACACCCCCGCCGGGAGACGUGGCCUCAGAGCCCUCGCCGAAGAGACUCGCCGAGCCCGUUAGGCAAAGCCAGCCGGUAGAACCACCUGCUGCAGCUCCUGCUCCUCCUGUUCCAGCUCCCGCUCCCGUGCCUGUUGCCGUCCCGGCUUCGGCUCCCCCGCCAGCGGCAGCUCCUGCGCCAGUUCCGGUGCCUCUGCCAACCUCGCCCAAGCGUGCUGAUUCUCCCGCCUCGGCUGCUCCAGUCGCCAGCGCUCCGAAGCCCAAGGCCGCGCCUCCCCCGGUAUCCGAGAAGCCCAGUUCCUUCAAAGACCGCAUUGCGGCGUUCAACAAGUCGGCCGCACCCCCAAUUGCGCCCUUUAAACCCAGUGGCCUCGGCGGUGGUAGCGCAUCGGGCUUUGUAAAGAAACCAUUUGUGGCACCGCCUCCCAGUCGAAAUGCCUUCGUUCCUCCUCCUCGCGAGGCCCCCGCGGCCAAGAUUUACCGAAGAGAAGAAGAUCCCGAAAUCAAAGAGCGCGUGGCUGAGAAUCAGGGACAAGCCGAGAGAGCUGGAUUGGUUGCUUCUGAAACCCAGAAGGAGGGCGACGAAGAAGAUCAGCCCAAGCCUACCAGCUUAAAGGAGCGCAUUGCUCUCCUCCAGAAGCAGCAGAUGGAACAGGCACAGCGCCAUGCUGACGCACUGUCCAAGAAGGAGAAGCCCAAGAAGCCGCCGCCACCUAAGAAGCGUGUUGAUUCGCAAGCUUCUGCUCCUGAACCCGCUGAAGGUUCCGAGGUGCCCGAACGAAGAGACACCGAUGAAAGUGCCCCAAGGGCCUCGAUGGAUGCUGCUCCCUCUGAAUCAGCUCCUCUACCACCGCGACCCGAAUUUACGGAGUCACCCGGAGAAGCCACUAACGAAGAUGAAGCUGCUGAGGCGGAUGCUGACGACCAUACUUCACGACGACUCUCCAAAGUUCCAACCUCUUCAUCCGCUGCUCCCGCUGCUGAUGUAGAACAGCCAGUGACAGAGACUCAGGAAACGGUGGAGGAGGAAGAGGAGGGAGAGGAAGAGGAGGAGGAGGAAGAUGUGGAUCCUGAAGUCAAGCGCCGAGAAGAACUCCGAGCACGAAUGGCCAAGAUGAGCGGCGGCAUGGGCUUCCAUGGCAUGUUUGGCGCCCCCCCCGUUCCUCCGAUGGGAGGUGGGCUUCCGAAGAAAAAGGCACCCAAGCCACCUACAAAAUCUGCUACCACGCGGGAAGAGGAUGUAACUCCACCACCGCAUGCUCCUCCUGUUCCCACUAUGAUGGCACUCCCGGGCAUGGGCCUUCCAGGCCUUCCAGUUAAGCCAGCCGAAGAGACUAGAUCUGAAGAAGAGGAAGAUGCCACUCCUCUUGCUGCUGCCCCUGUGCACACCGAAGAAGCCCCGGAACAUAGAGCACCGCCGCCUAUUCCUCAAGAAGACUUGUCUGCUCCUCCUGUCCCAUUGGCGGCUCGAUCUCCCCCACCCCCGCCCUCAGCCCCCCCCGCUGUUAAGUCAGCUACAGAGGGAUCUGAAUCUGAUGAUGAGCUGUCUAAUGGGGCCCGUGAGAACCCUGAGGCUGCUGCAGUACUGAGAUCCCCCCCUCCACUGCCUGCCCACCCAUCAGAGCCUCCCCAGUCGCCGCCGCGCCCUGGUGCAUUCUCGCCAACAUCACCAACCAGCAAACGUGCUAGCCGACCUCCGCCGCCCGUCCCAGGAGCUGCCUCCAUACUUGCUGCGGUAACAGCUCGCCCACCGCCGCCUCCCCCGCCUCCCGGCGCCCCAAGCCGGCGAUCUACUGUAGACUUUGGCGUCGCCUCACCGACUAGGCCUGCGCAGGCAGGAGAAGAGAUUGGAGAGGCCACAGAGUACGAGGGUGACUACGAUACUGACAUUGCAUCGUCUGUGCCUCACAAGGAUGCUUUGGCAGCGCAUGAUCAAGAGUCUAGCAUGGAGGAGACCAGCCUCCAGUCGCCGUUCAACGAUGCCCCCCCAGAAUUGCCUCCCCCUCCCCCAUUUGCUUCGACGCCACGAGCCGCUCCUCCUCCCGUGCCACAGUCUCCACCACUGAACAGAAGGUCUACAGAUCUAUCUCGGUCUGUUCCGAUCUUGCCGCCCCCGGCCCCUCCUCCUAGACUGGUUGCGCCCACAGCAGAGGAGAAUCACGAUGCUCUGUUCAUCUCCCAUCCUAGAGCGGAUGAUGGUGACUCCCCAGUUCUAGAGGAUGAGCCGACUCCUCUUUCCUUUGAUGACUCUAGAGCCGUGUCGCCACCUGAUCGAAGAGUCCCACCCCCUGUAGGUUCGCGUGGACGGUCAUCGAUGGAAAUGUCCAGGCCCAGUCUCAGUGCUCCCCGGAGAUCGAUUGAUCAUCACCGCCCGUCGAUGGACUCUGGUUUCAUUGCGGGGGAUAUUGACUUGGCUGUACAGAGCGGUUGGUGGAAGCAGUCGAAUCAACUGCCUCCCGUCCUCCAAGGCCGAAAGGAUAUCCACUUUGAGUGCGACGAGUCAACUACGACAAAUGAAGGCGAAAAGACUAUAAUCACCAGAGAAACCUUUAUUUUGUUCCAGGAUUACUCGCAGACCAUUAUUACGGCUCGCUACGACCCUUAUGACCCGACAACCGUGGAGCUAGAGCAACGACAUGAGGCGCCCCCCAAGGCGAUGCGACAGGACCAGAUGGAGGAAGCCUAUGACACCUUUGGACGACGUAUUUCCGCAUCCGCCAUCGCUAAGAAGGAUCAAGUUGUCGGUGAUGGAACCGCGCCAAGCUUUGUUUUGGAAAUGAUUCGACCUCUAGAGGAUGCCCUGUUGCCUAUUAGCACUAGAUCGUACGGUGCCCUCGUCUACGCCAACAUGGCCAAUGCUUCCACCCAGCAGCACGAUGUCAUUCGUCCUGGCGACAUCAUCACCAUUCGCAACGCCAAGUUCCAGGGAAAACAUGGACCCAUGCAUGCCAAGUAUUCCAGCGAAGUUGGCAAGCCGGACCAUGUCGGCGUUGUGGCUGAGUGGGAUGGCACCAAGAAGAAGGUUCGUGCCUGGGAGCAAGGCAGAGAUGGCAAGAAGGUGAAGCAAGAAAGCUACAAGCUGGAUGACCUGCGAAGUGGCGAGGUCAAGAUCUGGCGUGUAGUUUCUCGUAGCUGGGUCGGCUGGCAGAAGAAACUGUCUUAGUGGUACUAGAACAUUUUAGCAUGCUGGCUGGGAGGGGGAAGGCUUGAUUGAAAUGGGAGAAAUUACAAAAAAUGGAUGGGGGAGGGAGAGAGUGCAUCCGUGAUGCAAAUUAAUCUCAUAUCACGCGCGAGUCUGGUGUGUCUUUUUUUCAUCGGACUUUGUGUGUGUUUUAUGAAGAGCGCAAUUGGCUUGUUUGGCGUUUUUUUAUCGCAUGCCAUACAGGUUGUUGUGCCUGCUUUUGUACGUUUAUGCAUCUGUCAUAUAAUCUUCCACUUAGAUGUUUGAUUUGC